AUGAGCAACAGUAACAGCACGACUCCCACAGCAGACAAAGCACCCGCCAUCGAGCAAGUAGAAGAAGAGGACGACGACCCCUACAACGCGAGAAUCGAGAAAACUGGCUGCUAUCAAGAAAACGAAGAUUUGCAAUUGUGCUUUUUUGAUACAAAAGACUGGAGAAAAUGCAAAAAGGAAAUGCAAGCAUUUCGAGCAUGUUUUAUAAAGAAUACCAGCAAUGCUGGCAGUAAGGAACUGAUUGAAUCUGCUCAACAUCCACAGGAACUGUAA